GAGUUUUGCCAGGGACCCCUCCCGGACCCCUCCCACCCGGCUGUCUCAUAUUGAUUGAUGUCUAUGUCUUUCUAAAAUGUAUAAAACCAAGCUGUAGCCCGAUCACUUUGGGCACAUGUUGUUAGGACCUCCUGAGGCUGCGCAAUAGGCAUGUCCUUAACCUUGGCAAAAUAAACUAAAUUGAUUGAAACUCACCUCAGAUACUUUUUGGUUUACAGUUAAUUAGUUAAGCUUAGAACAGUUUGUCCCCCUGAAACCAGCUAACCACAGAGAAUACCCUCUCCUCUUCAGAUUACUGAGACUUUCCCUGCUUGCAAAAGAACCCAAACCAUAAAAGUCACCCCAUCUGUAACUUGUUUCCCCACCGGAAAAAAAAAAAAAAAUGUCUAAGGUAAAACCACCUUAAGACACUCUGGAGUGCAGUAGCCAGAAAAAGAUCAUCUCCUUAGACAGAGAGAGAGAGAGCGCACGAACGAGCACAAGCUAUCCUUAUGACCUAGCUGUGGAAAUCCUGUAACCUCACUUUCACCACAUUCUAUUUCUUUGAAGUGAAUCACCAGGGGUCUAGCCCACAUCAUAAGGGAGUGUACUAGGCUUCACAUUUUCAAGAAAGUAGUGUCAGAUGUAUUGGGACAUAUUUUGAAACCACCUGAUGGUCAUAUCCAAUGGCAGUAGAAGGAGUUGCCCAGGAAGAUAGGCAGUAACUCAGGUCCAAUAGCAGCUUGUUCUAGCAUUCUCUCAGCAUACGAACAUGCCAGGAGCUUCCCUCCUCAGGGUUUGCAGAUGCUACUUCCUUUUCCUAAAACACUGCUGAAGAAAUAAAUAAUAUUAAACAUAAAGAGGCAGACAACGCUGACAGCCACGCCCACCCAAGAAAUUUCCGAAACAGAAAGUUUGUCUGCAACAGCGCGCCGUACUGACGUAGCAGUGCGCAGGCGCAGUCCCGGCUCCUGGCGGCGUGUUCCUCUUUUCCUCGGUUCCCAGUGUUCUGGCAGGUAAAGGAACGCCGGCUCUUCGCCUGUCAGCGCGUCUUGUCCUUUGCUCCGGACGCGCGCUCCUCAGUCCUGCGGCUCCUGGGGUCGCUGCUACAGCCCGCACGCCUCCACCGGCUACAGACCCAUGGCUGAGCGCGGGGAACUCGACUUGACCGGCGCCAAACAGAACACAGGAGUGUGGCUAGUCAAGGUUCCUAAAUAUUUGUCACAGCAAUGGGCUAAAGCCUCUGGAAGAGGUGAAGUUGGGAAACUGCGGAUUGCCAAGACUCAAGGAAGGACUGAGGUGUCAUUUACUUUGAAUGAGGAUCUUGCAAAUAUUCAUGAUAUUGGUGGAAAACCGGCUUCAGUCAGUGCUCCUAGAGAACAUCCAUUUGUCUUGCAAAGUGUUGGAGGACAGACAUUAACAGUAUUUACUGAGAGCUCAUCAGAUAAGCUGUCAUUGGAAGGAAUAGUGGUACAAAGAGCUGAGUGCCGACCAGCUGCCAGUGAAAACUACAUGCGAUUAAAAAGAUUGCAAAUAGAAGAGUCUUCCAAACCUGUGAGGCUGUCACAACAGCUGGACAAAGUUGUAACAACCAAUUACAAACCUGUUGCUAAUCAUCAAUACAAUAUUGAAUAUGAAAGGAAAAAGAAAGAAGACGGAAAGCGAGCUCGAGCUGAUAAACAACAUGUUUUAGACAUGCUAUUUUCAGCCUUUGAGAAACAUCAAUACUAUAAUCUUAAGGACUUGGUGGACAUCACAAAACAACCUGUGGUGUACCUGAAGGAAAUCUUAAAAGAAAUUGGUGUUCAGAAUGUAAAAGGGAUCCACAAAAACACAUGGGAGCUGAAGCCAGAGUACAGACACUAUCAAGGAGAAGAAAAGAGUGACUAAGAAGACUCCUAGCCAGGAUGCUAGUGAAACAACUAGCGGCGAUGCUAUGCAAAAGGCGCUGAUACUGGAAGGCUUGAACACUGUAUGUUAAUAGGGGUUAAGUGACAGUACUUUCAUUUCUCUCGGCAAAUUUUUUAAACCUGUAAUUCUUGUAAAGUUUCUUAACUGUUUUUUUGAGGAGAAAGAACAAAUUUAUUUAUAGACUUAACUUGUAUUAAACCAGAUUAUUCACAAUAGGAAUAGGGGUUGGAGGAUUAAGAGGGUUUUUCUUAAAUAUUAGCUUUUAAUGUGUACAAUUAGGAAAUGUUUUUUAAAUGAGGACUCUCUACCCUUGCCGUAUCUAAGGAGCUGAGGUAAUACAGAUCCAAGAAGAAUUGUAUAGCAAGAAAAAAAGUCUACUACAGAAACUCUUAAAAGGAAUAAAAAAACCCAAAGUUCCUUAUUUUGAAAUUGUCAAAGAACAAAGCAGUGUUUUUCAUUUAAACAGGUGAUGAUGUUUCAUGUUCAUACUCAACAUUAAUAAAAGGAGAGAGUUUGUAGUGAAA